AUGGAGAGUGGUGAUAAUUCAACGUCGCGGGUACCAGCCCAAGUCACGCCUCAGCAGUUCAAACCCUCGAACCUCCUAGACGACAACACUCGCCACAUGUUCGAGCUGGUAGUCUACGUCUUUCUCAGCAGCAUCCUCGGCGUGCUGGGCGUGUUCGGCAACGUCGUCAACAUCAUCAUCUUCUACCGACAAGGCCUCAACAACACGGUCAACAUCAGCUUCACCGGCCUGGCUAUAUCCGACCUGUCCAGUCUUGUAACUCUGCUGUGGUUUGACGUGUGCGUCAACCCGCUCUUCGCCUACUCCGGUAUCCCGAUGGUGACGUCAGAGGUCCAGCAUCUGAGCGGGGGUUGGCCUCGAGCCUGCUUUGCCCGCAUCACAACCUGGAUCACAGUCUACAUCACGGCGGAGAGAUGCCUCUGUAUCGCCUCUCCGCUGAAGGUGAAAAAAAUAAUCACCCCUAAACGAACGACCGUUAUCCUCUGCUCCAUCUACAUCUUCACAAUCCUACCGCUAAUUCCAGAAUAUUCCACCGCGUACCUCUCCUGGCAAUGGGACGAUAAUUUUAACACAACCGUUCUACGUCUUGGUUUCACCCCCAACCGUCACGAAAUGGAAGGCUUGACCUCCCUCGUGUACUUUAUCUACGUUCUACUUUCCUAUUUCUCCGUCGUUCUUCUCACCGGUAUUUUGGUCUACAAACUUAAACAGAAAACAAAAUGGCGGCAGGAAUCGACGUUUGACAACUUGCAGUCGGAGAAAUUGUCCAACCGAGACCGGAAAACCAUCAGCAUGGUCAUCGUCAUAGCUAGCGUGCUGAUAGCCUGCUGCGCACUGCCGGUAGGUCUAUACAUCGUGGGUUUCGUUAUCCAAGGGUUCGGCGUGAUUGGGGAGUAUUCCAAUUUCUUCUUCGUCACCUGGUCUUUCGCUUUCUUAACCGAGGCCUUCAACGCCACGAUCAACACGGUGCUGUAUUACAAGAUGAGUUCCAAGUAUAAAGAGAAGUUCAACGAGUUAUUUUCAUGCUGUUUUAAUCUGCGAAUGUCUGGUAAUGUUGAUAAAAUUGACGAAUACCGUGAUUCAAAAUAUAGAUGA